UGUUGCGCACUGCCUUCGCUGUCGACGCUGUCCGCCACGGCGACUGGAAGUUGGUAAACGCGCUCGGAACCAAACGGCGGCGCCACUGCUGCUUGCCGUGCUCCUGGUCGAGUGUUUCGUUCGAAAUCAGUUUGAUUCGCUCUACCAUAGCUAAACGGUCGGGUUCAGGUGGUCAGUGGCCCCGCUGGGAGUACCACAUAUUGAGUGCUGCUGCUUGGGCAAGAAUUCAUUGCAAAUAUCCACAUAAAAUAAGAAAACACAAAACAUAAGCAAAAAAAAAAAAAAAAUGAAAGAAAAUUUGUAUUAAACAGCCAAGCCAAGCCAAGUACACGCUCUCCAAAUCAACGGCCAAGUCAGCAAAACCAAAAAACGACUACCAACAAAUGCGAUAAUAUGUAUGUAUGAGUGUAUAUAUAUGUCCAAUGAAAUAAAAAGUGGCAAGUAAAUACAGAAGUGAAAAAAUGCAGUGAAACCAAAAUGAAACCAAAAUCGAAUUCAAUUCAAUUCCAGCGACAAGUGCAUGAAAUGAAAGUGUGAAAAGAAGAAGAAGAAGUAGAAGCAGAGGCAGAAGCAGCAAAGUUAUUAUCGAAUUCCGCAUUUGUGACAACAGUGCAAUGCCUUCAACGAAACAACGUUAACACAUCAACAUUCUCGAAAAAAGCAUAUAUAAACAACUACAAUAACACCAAAUUAAGCCGCACAGCGGUUGCAAUCGCAAAUAAUAAUUUAUAUCGACAACAACAACAACAACAACAGAAUACAUCGGGUGCGUUAUUUUAUACACGAAGCGCACACAAACAUACAAACAAGUAAAGAUAAUGCGCCUUUUCGACCAGAGGCAUAGCCCGUAAAGGUCGUAUUUUCUUUGGGCGUACGUGCAACGCAUAUUGCCCCAGAAAGUGUGCGGCUUAUGGCAGAAUCUCACAUUUCUCCGCGAUUCGCUUUCAUUCCAUACACCUACGAAGCAACAGCUACCAGCGGACACCACAAAAUCUAAGCUGCGUACAUACAACUACGGACAUUGGAUUGCAGGUGGGCCAACGCCAGUGUUGUUGGCAAAUAGUAGAGUGCAUUUCCAGCGUUGACAGUUGAACACAACGAAAUUGACGCGUUGACAGGCAACGGCUGGUGCUGAAGAGGGGGGUGGGCCAACAAAGACUAGGCGGCUAGUGAGACUCUACUCGGCUUAGCGACGCAGGGCGUGCACAACAACUGAAAGGACUACACAAAUUAUAAUGUCUUGUACAGUUUCAGAGCUGCCUUCGGGAUGUCACCUGCGUGGCAUGGGAUCCACCUCAUCCUCUGCGGUAACGACUGUGGCGACGGGGGCGACCAAAGCACAAAGUGGUGGCGGUGGCGGCGGAGGUGGUAGCACCUUGAGUACAGGUGGUGGCAGCAAUAGUGGUGGUCUCAAUAAGGGCGGCGGUAUACACGUGGGCGGCAUGCUGAGCACAACGAGCGCGUUAGGUGUGACAACAACGAGUUCACGUGGUGGUUCGGCGGGGAAUGCUGGGGCGAGUUUACUACCCGAGACGUUGAUGACGACGCCGGCGAUGACGACCAGCACAACACAACGACAGCAGCAGCAACAAUCACAGAAACCCUGCUGUUUUUGCUGGUGUUGCUGUUGCUCGUGCUCGUGGGCAAAGUGUUUGGCAAUAAAAAAUGCGGAAGACAAUGCACCAACAAGACGUGAUCCAGCGAGCGUGGAUUUGCUUUUGGACGGUGAACAACCCAGUCUCGAGGAAAUACGAAGUUGGGGUAAAAAUUUCGAUUUACUAAUGAAAAAUGCGACUGGACGCAAAGUGUUUCGUGACUUCCUACGCAGCGAAUUCAGCGAGGAGAACAUACUGUUUUGGCUCGCCUGCGAAGAGCUGAAAAAGGAGAGCAGUCCCGAAGCGAUCGAGGAGAAGGCGCGCCUCAUUUACGAGGAUUACAUUUCGAUAUUGUCGCCACGUGAAGUAUCGCUGGACUCGCGCGUACGAGAGAUCGUUAAUCGCAAUAUGGUGGAGCCGACACCGCACACCUUCGACGAAGCCCAAAUMCAAAUUUACACGCUCAUGCACCGAGACUCAUAUCCAAGAUUUCUCAACUCGCAGAAAUUCAAAGCGCUGGCACAAUUGCAAGACGGCAGCUUAUCGGCAGCGGCUUCCACAACAGACAGCCCCACUUAAGAGCGCGCAACGGAACACUCUAGCAGAGUGUCAAUGUUUGCUCAGCAGACAGAAGCAAUUGGUKAAAUUCGUUGGGCGGGAAAAGUGUUGAAAGAAGGCGGACGCUAAUAAAAGUAAGAAAGUAAGAAACUAAGAAGCACAUCCAAAAAAACAGUGAUUAGGAGAAUAAGUUGCAUGCAACGCGGCUGAAACUCAAGUAGGGGAGUAUGAAGCUGGAGGGAAAUAACAAACAAAUAAACAAACAAUAAAGCGUGUUCGCACAGGGCUUGAGAAAUGCAACAACUAAGUAUAUAAGUAGCAACUAAGCUCUAGCCCUAGACACCAGUAAGGACUAAGCGUUUAAGCAGUAAGCAUUAAGCACUAAUGUCUAAGGGUACGACUUAAGGAUCUACUACACCUAGAUAUAAGAUUGAAGGUUUGCUACAAUAUUUAGUUUCCUACUAGUGUCUAAGCGUCAAGCGGAAUACUUAAUACUUACUUACGUACUUAUGUACGUACCACUGACUUAUUUACUUAUGUACUUACAUACCUACAGAGUUAUUUUUAUAUGUAUGCAGCGAAUUCGCGCAUGAUCGGCAGUUAAGUGUAUGUAUGUAUGGCUGCGUGCCAAAAUGCAAAGCAGAAUACCGUUACUUCAGUACUGUUGCUUGCGAUCUGCACACGUAUGCGAAAAAUCUCGAAAAAUAAAAGAUACUAAUACAUACACAUAUGAGUGUGCUUUAACAAUUUUAUACCACAUUUUCUCGGU